GGGCCGCGGCGGCCGCGGAGCCGGGAGGCGGCCGGAGCGGGGCAGAGCGCGGGGCGGCCGGGGCGCGCUCGCUCCGACCCGCGCUGCCACCCCCGCCGGCCACCCCGGGCCGCUCGCGGGCAUGGACAGCGCGGCCGCCGCCGCCUUCGCCCUGGACAAGCCGGCGCUGGGCCCGGGGCCGCCGCCGCCGCCCGCGCUGGGGCCCGGCGACUGCGCCCAGGCGCGCAAGAACUUCACGGUGAGCCACCUCCUGGACCUGGAGGAGGUGGCGGCGGCCGGGCGGCUGGCGGCGCGCCCCGCGGCCAGGGCCGAGGCGCGGGAGGGCGCGGCGCGGGAGCCGUCCGGGGGCAGCAGCGGCAGCGAGGCGGCGCCGCAGGACGGUGAGUGUCCCAGCCCGGGGCGCGGCAGCGGCGCCAAGCGGAGGAAGAAGCAGCGGCGGAACCGCACCACGUUCAACAGCAGCCAGCUGCAGGCGCUGGAGCGCGUGUUCGAGCGCACGCACUACCCCGACGCCUUCGUGCGCGAGGAGCUCGCCCGGCGCGUCAACCUCAGCGAGGCGCGCGUCCAGGUCUGGUUCCAGAACCGACGAGCCAAGUUCCGCCGGAACGAGCGAGCCAUGCUGGCCAGCCGCUCUGCCUCGCUGCUCAAGUCCUACAGCCAGGAGGCCGCCAUCGAGCAGCCCGUGGCUCCCCGGCCCAGCGCCCUGAGUCCCGACUAUCUCUCCUGGACAGCCUCGUCCCCCUACAGCACAGUGCCCCCCUACAGCCCUGGAGGCUCAGGCCCCACGACCCCGGGGGUCAACAUGGCCAACAGCAUCGCCAGCCUGCGCCUCAAGGCCAAGGAGUUCAGCCUGCACCACAGCCAGGUGCCCACGGUGAACUGACGGCCGCCCCCAGACCCGGCUGCCCCCGCUCUCACAACAACCAGAAAGGGGGCAGACGUGAGGAAAGUGACCUUCUGUCCCCUGUCCCCAGGACAGGCUGGGUGGACUCUCCUGGCCCCUCUCUCCAGCCCGGACUCCUGGGCCUGAGCAGCUGCUGAGACUCCGGGAGCCCAGCUCAGCCCCUCGUCCACGGCCACUGGAGACCUCGGCCCGUGAGCGGGGGGGCUGGGCUGGAAGGUGGAGAAGAAGCUCACCAAGGACCUCACUUACUUUGUGUGUGAAAACCAAAAAGCUCUGUCUUUAAGAAAUAAAAAAGUUUUUAAGCCCCAAAAGGUUGUGGGAGGGCAGA